CCUGGUCUUCACACAUCAAACGCUAGCCACAGGACUCGGUCGGCAGUCAGGUGCGGUUGCUAGCUCGGCGUGGUGCGGUGAAGCCAGAGGCGGGCGAUGGGGAGGAGGCUGGACGUGCUGCUGGGGCGGACGUCGAAGCAGACGGCACGGCUCAAGACGCUGCUGGGGCUGGCCGUCACGCGGCUCGGCGUGCUGCGGGGCCAUCGGCAGGUGCGGUGCGCGCAGGCGCGCGGGGACGUCGAGCAGCUGCUCCGGCUGGGGCACCCGGACCGCGCGCUGCUCCGCGCUGAGCAGGUCAUCCGCGAGCAGAACGCGCUCGACGUCCUCCUCGAGCUCGAGGCCUACUGCAACCUCGUCAUCGAGAGGGCCGCGCUCGUGGACGCGCACAGGGAGUGUCCGGAGGAGCUGCGGGAGGCGGCGGCGGGGCUGGUGUACGCGGCGGCGAGGUGUGGGGACCUGCCGGAGCUGCAGGAGGUCCGGCGCCUGCUCGCGGACAAGUUCGGCAGGGAGUUCGUCUCCGCGGCGUCCGAGCUCCGCAGCGGCUGCGGUGUCAACGCCAAGAUCGUGCAGAAGCUGUCGACCAAGCAGCCGAGCCUCGAGAGCCGGCAGAUGGUGCUCCAGGAGAUCGCCAUUGAGAAAGGGACCGCCGUGCGCGUCCACGAACCUCCCUACCAGGAACCGGAGCGUUCCAACCAGAGGAAGACGAAGCAGGAUGACGAGAGGAUCAGGAUGCCACCAGUUGAUGACCCGGUGGAAGACAUUUCUAGCCACUCUGCGCAGAGGUACAAGGAUGUGGAAGCGGCAGCUCGGGCCGCGUUCGAGUCGGCCGGCUCGGCCGCAGCCGCCGCGAAGGCCGCCAUGGAGCUCUCGCGGGGUGAGCCCAGGGGAGCCGGCGACAACAGGAAGCCAGGUAGGACGCAGAUGAAUGGAACCAGGAAAGAGGAGAAUAUUGAUGGGAAGAAAUUUGAGAAGAUUGGACUUGUUCGGAAUUACCGUUCAGAGAGAGAGGUUUUGCCUGAGGAUGAAGCAAAUCAUGGCGAUUUUGCAGAGAACGAACUGAAACACCAUGAACAUCGAGAUCAGGUCAGGGGCAGGCCGGCAUCGGUCAGAACAAAGAGGGGAGGGGAGGGGGGUUUAGCUGCAACCAGAUGACAACAGAGGAGAUGGUUUCUUGAUCUCAAUGUAUUAAAUUUGCACUAUAUGCCUGUAGUUCGAUGCUUGGAUAUGCCUAUGCCAUGUAUGUAAUCCAAAGAAAAAAAAAGAAAAAAAAACACUCGUUGCCAAUUUGCCAUUUAUGUAA